CAGCCCCCACACCACCUUUUGUCGAAUUCACAAACAAAUGCUGCAGUCUUUCCUUCGUGUUGGCGGUCGUCGCGUUGCCAGGCCGAUCAACGCUCAGCGGCUGGGCCGUAACAGCGGCUCGCGCUGCCUGUCGAUGCUCUCGGGCAAGCGUAGUGUUGGCGCCUUGAGCGGAAUCAACUCGCAGAGAUAUACUGCCUCUAACGUGGCUGUUAGUACCAGGGCAUCUGCUGGCAUUCGGUUCUACUCUGCUGCUGCUGCAGAGGCAGAGACUACCUCGUCGAUCGAUCUGGGAGACAUGAUUCCAAUGGACAAGAUCCGCAACAUUGGAAUCAUUGCUCAUGUAGAUCAUGGUAAGACCUCGCUGGUGGACUGCCUUCUGAAGCAGUCCGGUGCCCUGGCUGGUUCCAGCGCGAUGCAAGAAACCCGCGUCACCUCUCUGGCGUACAACGACCACCGCAUCAAUAUCAUCGAUACACCGGGGCACGCUGAUUUCGGUGGUGAGGUCGAGCGCAUCCUGUCGAUGGUUGACGGUGUUGUUCUGGUUGUCGAUGCCACUGAGGGACCGAUGGCUCAGACCAAGUUUGUUGAUCGCGCCACCAGCCGGCCCGACGAAGUCGACUCUGAGCUGCUGGAGCUGUUUAUGGCUCUUGGUGCCAGCGACGAGCAGACCGCGUACGACAUUCUGUAUGCGUCGGCCAAGGAGGGCUGGUGCUCGGGUGACUUGGCCCAGGCCAAUUCUCCGGACGGUAGCAUGGUGCCGCUGCUGGACGCGAUCCUGGCCAGGGUGCCGUCGCCCAAGGGAGAGCGGGACGAUGUACCGUUCUCGAUGCUGGUCACGCAGCUCGAGGCCAACUCGUACCUCGGAAAGUGCGCAUUGGGCCGCAUCACCAGUGGAACUGUGCGUGUCGGCGACAAGAUCCGCGUUCUUGAGCCUGGGACCGGCAACGUGAAGGAGGAGGGCAAGGUCACCAAGCUGUUCCUGCGCAGCGGUGUGCAGCAGGUGCCCAUGGCCCAAGCUGGUGCUGGCGAUGUCAUCACCAUCAGCGGCGUGCCAACCGUCAGUGUCAACUCGACCGUUGCCAGCCCUGAAGUCACCGAGCCGCUCGAGUUCAUCCCUGUCGAUCCGCCUACCAUUUCGAUGACCUUCUCUGUCAACGACUCGCCGCUGGCCGGCCGCGAGGGCUCACAGCUGACAUCGAGCAUGAUUCGGGACCGCCUGCGCCGCGAGGCUGAGACCAAUUCCGAGGCGCUUGAGGUGCACGGCCGCGGAGAGCUGCAGCUCUGUCCUGUCACUCCGCCGCGCGUGCUGUUCAAGCGUGAUCCCGACAACCGCAAAAAGAUCCUCGAGCCCUACGAGGAGAUCACAAUCGAUGUCAUCGAGAAGCUGACCAAGCGCAAGGCCGAACUCAAGUCGUUCACUGACAUUGCUGACAAGGCGCGCAUUGUGUUCCACAUCCCGACGCGUGGUCUGCUUGGCUACGCGUCCGAGUUCAAGAACGACACCCACGGCACUGGUGUCAUGAACCACGCGUUCCUCCGCUACGGCGAGUAUGCCGGCGCCUUCGAGAAGUCGCGCAAGGCCAGCAUGGUGUGCCUGUCGUCUGGUACCGCUACCACGUAUGCGCUGAACAUGCUCGAGCCGCGUGGCCGUCUGUUCAUUCGCAACGGCGAAGACAUGUACCCUGGCAUGGUUGUGGGCGAGCUGAGCAAGGAUGGCGCCGAUCUGGAUGUCAACCCGACCAAGGCCAAGCAGCUGACCAACAUCCGCGCUGCAGGCAAGGACGAGACUGUCCGUCUGACGCCGGUCAAGCCCUGGACGCUCGAGGAGGUCAUCGCCUAUGUCAACCCCGACGAGGCGAUCGAGGUCACGCCAACCCAGGUCCGUCUGCGCAAGCAGAUUCUUGAUCCGAUCAAGCGCAAGCAGCUGUCGCGCAAGCGCGUCAGCGAUAUUGAUGAUAUGCUCGACUGAGCAAUGUACACACUAACCAGGGGUGGGUUUUUUCUGUGUCGCAGAAGGAAACUUGUCGAAUUGUAUUUUUGAAAGAUAUCAGCAAUAGACCGUUACUAAAUCUGCAAA